UCUCAGUGCGAUGGGAGUCCUGUGAGGAUGGACACACGGCGAAUCCUGCGACUCUUGACCGUUUUAUCAGGACUGAACGGAGCGUGUGAAGCUCUGUUCUGUAACUGCAGCAGACCACAGUGUGAGAAGGAUGGGUAUAAGUGCGAGACCAACGGGGCGUGUAUGGCCUCCACCUCAGUCUUUGAAGGACAGGAGGAGCAUGUGCGGCUCUGCAUCCAGAAAGAGCAUCUGAUUCCUCUGAGCCAGCCGUUCCACUGCCUCAGCGUAAAGGGACUGCUGAACACUCACUGUUGCUACUCUGAUUACUGCAACAGCAUCGACCUCGACCUACCAACCGUGACAAACGCACCGGGUUCAGGGCAGGACUGGGGGCCGGUGGAGCUCACUGCAGUGGUGGCGGGGCCGAUCUUUGUGCUGUGUGUGCUGGUUCUGCUGGGUCUCUUUCUGUUCCAGCGCCGCCAGCGGGCCUACGGUCAUCGGCAGAGACUGGAGGUAGAGGAUCCCAGGACUGAACACGUGUUCCUGGCCAAGGACAAGACCUUACAGAACCUCUCCACUUCAGGAUCUGGGUCUGGUUAGUAUUGUAAGAAUUACAGAACCUCAUAGACACUUUAAUCUUCUGAGACGGACAAUACACACAAAGUGUAUUCAAAUACAGACAUCUGUUUCCACAUCUCACUGAGAGAAAAUGCGAGAAAACGUCUCUCUCACCUAUGCAUUUGUUCCUUCUCAUCCCCUUCCUUCCCCUCACCCAUCCUUCCCUCCAUUCAGCUCACUCAGAAUGGUCAAGUAUAAUAUAAUGUUCUAAAUGAAUGCAGGUGAUAUUUACAGUCAUGUUUGGUAUCAUUUGAAUAGUCUCAGGGCAUUUGGUACAAUGGUCUCAUUCUUACAAGAAGUAAACUAAAAGGUGAUACAGAUCCUAAGAGUUUAGAGAUAUUUGGCUCACUAUAGAGGGUGUGCUGUUUCCCAGUGUCUUUCAUGCAAAUUACUUUCUGUCCCAAAAGGUGUUAAAUCUACUUACUCAAUGCAAAUUUCAAUUGUUAGUUUCUGUCUCAUUUUCGGGGGAUGACUGUCUUGGUCUUAAGGUAUUUAAGUGAAAACUGCAAGAAGAUCGGGGAGAUUCUGUAGCCAGAAAGACCAUAGUGUGGUGUGUGUCUCUGCACUCAUACUUAUGACUUAUAUAAGUAAACUUAAACUUAUACAUACUAUGUUUCUAUUUUCCAAGGUCAGGUAUGCACCUUUUACUCUUAGAUUUAUCUUUGAGAAUUUGAUGUCUUGUAUUGAUUUGAUGUCUUUGAAUUGGCUGUGUA